AUGAGCCCCGGUCUCGAACUUUAUGACGAGGUAAGGUUCCUGCUCGACGACGAGAAGAAAGUCGUUAUGCUUGCUCUGAGUUGGCUUGACUUGGACGACAAGACCGAGAGCAGAGACAUUAUCUACAUUGUUGGGGAGGACAAUGAAGCCACACAAGUUGAUUUGGGAACAGCGGGAGAGAAAAGGGAUCCUUUUUACAUUCUCAUUCGAUCGUUUAAUUGCUCUGAAGAAGAAGAUAUGGGAGAACGCAAAGAAGUUAGCUUUAUGCUUCCAAUCGAUGUUCGCUGCAACACGUGUGGUAAUUACAUGUGGCUUGACACCUAUUUCAAUGGCCAUCGAGAAGAGGUCAUUGGAGAGACGUACCUAGGGACUCAAAUCCUAAGGUUCUACUUCAAGUGCACCAACUGCUCGUCGGAGGUGGCCUUUAAAACGGAUCUAGAGAAGGCGGAUUUUACCGUCGAAGCAGGUGCAACAAGUGUGGGACUUGUACAAGGCACCGACGGCGAUGAGGAAACGUGA